CAUUUUAAAUGUCCAAAUACAAAUAUUUUACUAAGCUGGAUUGUUUUUGAUUUUGAAAUGUUGGUUGGAUGAUUUCAUGGUCUGAUUCAUGAUCUGACAAGUUCAAAGGUCAAAUUAAUCCUUAUUGAUAAACAGGCCAUUAUUGAUUAAAUUAACAGGGUAUAUUCUGUACAAUUAGAAACAAGUGAUUGUCAUCAUAAACAUUUUAUUGAAAACAAUGGAAUAUAUUCUACAUAUGUAAACUUUUUAAAAGGAAGGAUACAAAAUAGACUGCAGUAGAAUAUUUUGAAAUACUCAAGAGAUCGAAAUUAUUGAUAGAUUCUUAACAAAGAUUCCAAGAUGAUGACCUUGAUACCUCAGGUUCUACGGAACGAACGAAACCUUUGUUGUCUCUUUUUCUUAUUAUUGUUUAGUUAUUACAUAACAAUGGACGUCAUAUUGUACGUGACUAUACAGGAUACAACAUUCACCGAUCAGACACGCGGAGAAUCAUACUCAAUGUUUCAUCCGCUCAGUGCAAAACUUGUCAUGAGUGACCACACAAAUCAUUAUUUCAUGGUACCCACUACAGAAAUUUUUGAUGAAUUGACAAGAUUUAGUAAAGUUUUCUUUUUUGUGACUCCUAAUAUGGUGACUAUCACUCAUUUUAUCCUUGCAUUAGUGGCAUCAAAAUUUGUCAGCUCAGAAAAUUUGAAACACAGAAGAAUUGCUGUUGUAAUUUAUGAAUUUCGAAUCUGGUUGGAUAGUUUGGAUGGUGUGAUUUACAGGAGUCAUGCUCAUGAAACUGUUUAUAAAUCUAAUAAAUCAACAUUAGGAUAUUAUAUGGACACUUCACUGGAUGUGUUAGGGGGAGUUGCAUUCAAUCUCGGAGUUGUAUUCUUUCUUUUCAAAGGAGCACCUUUGAUAAGUAAAACUCAGGAAUACAUUUUACCAUUUUGUAAACCAGCUGUUCCAACAGAAAAUGGUGUGACAAAUGGAAAUGGAGAAAAAUACACAAAACCAAGCAAAAAAUUUAUCUUCUGGAAGAGUUGGUGUUUUGGAUUUCAGAUUUUUAUGGCCUCUGGUUCUUGGGACAAGAGAACUGAACAGAUGGGAGAGGUACUGGAAACCAACCUUAAAAAUGAUGCACAAACAACUUUACAGACCUCUAUGUUACACUCCUUCAGUACCUGGUUGGUUAUGUACAUGUGGAGACUGUGUGAUGGACAGUCCCUCUUCCAAGUAUUCCUGGUUGUUAUUUUUAUGGAUAAAGUUUGGGAGUUCCUGAACUUUGUACAGUAUAUUGGAUAUGUUAUCCUGAUAUCAGUUAAUGUUAUAACAGUUGUGCAUGUAAAUCAUAUAAAGAAUGUAAUUGGAAUCAAAUGAGAAAGAAAGAGUUGUGUCCCUUUGUAGUAUGAAGAGUUAUUUGCCUUUGUGAUCUAUAAUCUGUGAGGCAGCAAUGACAGCUUAACCUUUAACCUAAGUCAGCUGACACAGUCAUGAUGCUAGUCUUUGUUGGACACUUGUUUCUCCUAAAUGGCCAAAAAUAAUCUGACAUAACCAUAAAUGUUUUGUACUGGGUACCUGCUACCCAAAUUUAUUUUACUGGAUACCAGCAACCCCAAAAAAAUUCUGAUACCUCCAACCAAAAUUUAAUGUACUGAAUACCUUGAUAUUAGUAACUGAAAUGAAUUUGGCUUGAAAUUGCCUCAAUUCAUGUGUAUCACACUGGGUUCCUUUGUUGUUUUGUUCUUAGCCCCUGUAUUAUUUUAAUAUAUUGGAUUGGACACAUGUAUUGAACCAAGAUAUGUUCUUAAAAUUUCCUUUUGCACAUUUAAUAAUAUAACCAUUCUAGAAAGAAAAGAACAGGUAAUUUUCAAAAAAAAAAAAAUAUAUUAAAAAAACAAGUAUCUUGAGUUAAAUUAAAUUGUUUCAAUAUAUAACUCACAUCUAUAAAGGCCCACUAAUAUUAUUACUAUAUCUGACUGCCUUUGAAAUUCAACUUGAUUGUAGAAGACUAAACUUCUGUUAGUUCACUUCAAAAUAAAAAGUUAUAGAUGUAGGGUUGUCUCCCUUUCUUUAUAGAAGUAGUUAUCUCCCUUACAAGGUUGAGUGUGCUUUUUGAAUGGAAUAGAAUUAUGGCGAUUUCAGUCUUGAUUUAGAACAUGAAAAAAAUCUAAUUUUUUUAAUCUAACAGUAUUUAUGAACAUCAUUUAUUAAUAUAGAAAAAGUCCUGGUAUAUGCGGAUUAAAGCAAUGGUUCUCAGAAUAAACCAAAGUUUUACAGAAUAUAGCUUUUUAUGUCUAUUUGAUUAUCAGGUUUUACUAUUUAAAGUUCAGACAUUGUUUAAAGAGAAUCUCACUAGUAUAGCUGUUCCAGAACAGGGACAUUGGAGGCACUGUUUUAAGGCUCCAACAAUUCAUAACAUAAAAUGCUCAUUUAACUUAAAAAUCGUAGAAACACAACUAAACACAAUGAAUAAAUUUGUUUGGCUCAACCCAUCAUAAUAAAAUUUGGAACAGUUGUAAGUUUAUAGAAGCAUUUAAAUAUGAAUUAACACAAUUUCUGUAUUUAUUGAUAAUGUUUAUCUGUUGAACUAAUCAAGGAAGUUGCUAACGAGACAUAACAGUGAAACCACUCAGCCAUAUAUUAUUGAUAUUAUAUAUGUAUGUAGUAUAUUUCUUAUCUUUUUUUAAAAAUUAGGAUGAUAGCUUUAAAGAAAUGAAUUUGCAUAUAUUUCUUUGUAAAUUUGCAAUGUUAUUUAGGCAUUGAUGACUUAAUAAUAAAUGCUAGUAUUCCUUUUGUAAAAUUAUAGAUUAUAUCUUUUUGGUGUUUUUUUCUUCUUCAGAAAAUAAAAUCAAUUGUAUUCUAUAUUUUUUCAAGCUUUUUGAUGUUUUUUUCAGUAUGUAUAUGUUGAUUGUUUAAUCAUAUUUUGUCAUAAAUACAAAGUUAUCGCAGAUUUACUGAAAUUGUAUGUAUAAGAUAUAUUUAUUACAAAGUAUUUUGUUAUAUAUAAUUGUUGUGAUCAAUUUGAUGUCCUGGCUAUUUAAGAAAAAAAUGUAGGGGUGGUUUGGAAUGGACUCUUCUUCAUUACACCACUUUAGAAAUAUUUUUUUAAGAUCUACCAGUAAACAAUAAUAUUUGAAUUCCAGCCCACUCAGAUUUUGGAUUUAUCCAUCACCUGCUUCAGUUUUUUCUUAAAUAGCCAUUGGUCAGUUCAUUAAAAAUAUUUAGAAAAAAAUGUUUUCUAAUAUUAGUUAAACUUAUAUAUACAUAUAAGCUAUCACAGGGAUUUUCAUGUUGGCAGGGUUGAUAUCAUUCCUUGAUAUUUGUUUUAUUUAAUUUCUGAAUAGAUUUAGUUUAAGAAAACUUUUGUUGUUUAAUAAUUGUAGCUAUGUUUCCUUUACUGCUGUGAUUUGUUGUUUGAUUUUGACUUACUAUAGUAAAACAGUAUAUUGCAUCGUCCAAAGAAAGAUAACUUUGUACUAGUUAUAACUUUGAAUUUAGGUUUUUUACUUUCUAUCAAAAUAUUAAAACAAUAAAAAAAAACAUCAUAAAAUGCUAAAAAGCUAAAAAGCAAAAGUUAUAAUUUGAUAGUUAGACCUUUGAAGAACAACCGUGUAGGUUAAAUUUAUAAAUGAUUUUGUUAAUGUUUAAUGUUGUGUAAAGUAAUUUACACUGAAACAGAGAAAUUGCUGUGGAUUUUGGUUGUUAACACUGAUGAAAAAACUCCUGAAUUCAAACUGAGAAUUGAUUAGGUGGUGUUAUUAGACUAUUUCAAUAAUUAGUUCUAUAUACACAAGUGAAAAUCGGUUAAUAUGGCUGUUUCAUCAAAACCAUUAAUUUUAAAGAAGGGGCUUAUUGAUUAAGAUGAAGUAAAACUAUAUAUGAUUCAAAGACUGCUUUGUCCUGAAAAAAGAUAAGUACCAACAGUGUGAGGAUAUUUCAGUGUGCCAUAUUUAUUUAAAAUGUGAUGGAUAUGUCCCAAGUCUUCAUGAAAACUGUAACCUAAAUUUUUAUGAACAUAACCAAUAAUCUUAAUAAAAUGUAAAUAGUAUGGUAAUGAAAUUAAAUUACAUGUGUCAGACAUUUCCAAAAGUAUAACAAAAUAUGGAGGAUAGACGCGAAACAAUAUCCAUAUAUGAACUGUGAUGGAUAGAAAUCGACCUUAUGCAAGUAAAGGCGAAUAUGUACAAAUACUCUGAUUUAUUUUGGAGCAUUCAUUGACGAAAUACAAUGAAAUAAAAAAUGAAAGUUUUAUCCAUUUUGUAGCAUUUGAUUAACAAUUCCACUUGCAAACAGUUCCAGACCUUCCGUUGAAUUAUUUUCAGAACCUAAAUAGGUUAACAGAUACAUUGAUGUUGAUUUGCAUAAGGUCAAUUUCUGUCCGACGCACCUCAUAUGAAAAAUUUUACAAAAAUUAUCUUGAAAUAUUGAAAAUAGGACCAAAAUUACAACAAAAUGUGGAUGAUAUGUCAUCAUUCAUAAUGAAGCAUUAGGAUAUGACUUGCCUAAAUUAAUAUAAUAUUCGAGUGAUAGGCAUAAAAUCUGAAUAUGAUGAUCAUGAUGAUAUGUAAAAAAAAAAUUAUUUGAAAAGUGUAUGGUAAAUUAGAAAUUUCCAUAAGAAAUGAAAGUGUGAUAUUGUCUGACUUAAAUGGCAUGUACCUUUGGAUUACCUCAGUUGCAGAUAAAAUUUAAUUCAUUUUAUUACACAAGUAAAAAGUGUGUCAGAUUUUGUUCUUUGCAGAAAGUAUAUUGUUACUUUUAAAAUCCAAUUUUAAGCAUCAAUUUGUUCCAGUUAAAUGUAAAUUUUAAGAAGAAUUACUUACUGACAACCAAACAUAAUGUAAGGUGAAAGAAAUGCGUAGACAAGAAUGCCAUUGCAUCUUGGCUUUUUAUAUGCCCUCAUCACAUCACAUUAAGCUUAUGCCAUUGUAUACUGGCAACUUUAUAGACUGUAUCUAUAGGUGAUUGACUAAGAAUGUUAAUUGACCUGUAUGUUUUAUGAGCCAUGGUUUGCCGCUGAUGCCUAUUUAUACCUCUAUUAAUAUUCCACCAUUCCAUAAGCAUUCAUUUUUAUAAUCUUAAACAAUUUGUGUUUCAUUGGCAGGUAAUAUUUAACAGUUUAGAGACGAUUCUUAUUUUCAUUUAUGUUUACAACAUUAAAUAGUUUUUCAUGAUAGAAACCCAUAUAUAAGAUUAGAUUUGAUAUAAACACAGCAUUAUUUUUUGAACAUCCAUCAUUGUCUUCAAAGUUUUGUUCACUUGAAAAUUUCUAUUUAAGUGGUUUACAUAAAAGUCUUUAAAAUGGACAUGGUGCAAGUGUUGUAUAAAUAUGUUGAAAGCUUUAUAAAGGACUUGUUUAUGAUUUAUUUGUUUAGUUAUGAAGUUAUCAGAUACAUUUUGUUGUACAAUUAUAAAAACCAUUUUUUAAACUAAGGCUAAUUAUAGCAUGUUUUGAAGAUGUCAGUAAAUGUCAGAUUUUUUUAUGACAAAUCUUUUGUCCAAAUUAUAACUUUAACCAUAGAUAUUUAGAACAUAUUGCUGUAUUUGAAUAAACUGUACAGUAAAUCUGUUGGAAGUAUUCCUCAGGUCAGAAAACAUAUUCUCAGUUGGAGUUUUAUUUUAAAUGUUGUUCCCAUUUCAUUAUCUAAAUUCUAAGUGUUAGAAUAUUUUUAUGUGUAUUAUAAAUGGUCACACAAAUUCAAUAAAACAAGUUUUACAUUUAACAUAACCCAUUUGUAAGUAUACUUCUUGGAAUUUAUUAUUUAUUUCGAUUAAUAUGUUUCCAUGAUAUUUCCCAAAUGAAUAGGUAACAAUACUUUCUCAACAGCGAUAAACGCUGUUAAAACCAAUAAAAACAUAACUUUGUAAAUAAAUUUUGUAAUGCCUAUUGCUUCUUCUCAUCAAUCAAGAGUUUGUUAAGAAAAAAAAGGACAGUGAACAUUUAGUUUAUUCUACAUCUAUGUAUCUGGUUGUGUCAUUUGUGUCAUUAAUUUGUUAAAACUAUUGUACUUUUUUUUUGUUUGAAAUAUACAAAUAUACUUAAUUUUGAGCAUAUCUUAUAACAUCAACAAAUUUUUUGUCGUAAAAGUAAUUAUUUGAUUUAACAAUGCAUGUGAUAGGUAUACAGGUAAAAGGAAAACUCGUCAGAGAUGAAACUGCCUGAUAUUUAAGAAUGAAAGUAAUUAGAAAACAAUUCUGAAAUAUUUAGAACUUGGGAAUAGAAAGAGCUUCAUUAUUUUCUAAUCAGUUCUUUUCUACUGUUGAUAAACCCAACUUACUGGAGAUUGUAAUCUACUUUUUCAAUUUCAUUUCAAGUUUUCUAGAGUGAAACAUUGACAUUUUCCUUUGUAGCACAGUGUAGUGCCUUUCAAUGAAUACCAGAGAGACUCGUAACCAUGUUAAGUAGUAGUUUUUACACUGUUUCAUUUUUGUGUUCUGUUACAUAGUUAUGAAGGCCGUCCUACAUCGUGAUAUUUUGUGAUUAUUAAAAUCUCAUCGUAACCAUACGUAGGGUAGACAUCAACCAAAUGAAGCAAGUAUAUGAAUGUAUGUCUGUGUAGGUAUUUGUUUACAAUUAUUGCUUUAUAAUGAUGUUCUAAAUAAAGUUUCAAAUGCAGUAUAUGUGAAGUUACAA